AUGGAAAUCGUGCUGUUCUACCCAUCCCAGCAGGUUCUGCUUUCGGAGGAUUACCACCCACCAUUCGUCCAGCGUCAGCUAAGCCAAAUCACCACUGAAACAGAGCUUGGUUUUAAACGCAGUGAUUUGGGAAUUGAAACGGUUGAGUCGAUUAAAAGGGAUUUAGACGGCGGGAGUUUGAGCCUGGAGAUUAAGGUUUUAGCAGUUGUGAGGUAUAAAAAUGGGAGAUGGAAGACCAAGUCUCGACACAUGAGGGCUUACUGUGGUGGUGUGAGCUUCGGGUUAAUUUCGAGUAAAAGGCCCGGUAUUUUCUUGAACCCAUAUCAAGAAUGCGAG